AUGAAUCUCGUCGUUGCACUCUUUGUGCUGAUAUCCAGCACAAAUGAAUUUGUCAUCUCUCAAUGGAAAUCGUUACGAGAAAACGUAGAAAUUAUCUCUGAUGUAGGUCCGGAUAAAGAGAAAAGGCUCCUCUACAUGCAUAACUCUGAUGGACCACUUUUCCUAUUCGUCACACCAUGUAUAGCGUCAGUACAUUGGCGACUUUACCGUUUCAAAGGAAAUCUCUCUGAUCUAGCUCCGGAGGAAUCAUUGGAUUCACCAAAACUUGAGCUGAUAGCUGGUCAGGAAGACGAUAGACGGAUGACCUUCUUUAUGCAGCAUGUUCCGAAAGGACCUCUCCUCCUGGUGCUGACCUCGUCAAUUCCAUCAUCCGCUCGACUAUUCCUUUCACAUUCACAGGAUGAAAUGGAUGCUUUUUAUCCGCCUCUGCCUCAUGAUACUCGUCUAGCGCAUGCGGUUUCGAAGAACGAUGAAAAUUCUGAGACAAAUCAGGUGUUAAUCACAUGGAAAGUUGCCGAACGAGUGAGCACAGCGGAAGCGAAUCGUUACCGUUUCUGCGCGAUUGUCUCCCGUAAAGUUCCCGAUUGGGCGGUUUGCGGAGAACUGAACGAAGGUCUCGAAUCCAUACAUUGUGUUCUUCAAACUAAUAAUUCGAUGAUUAUUCAAAAAUUAAGAUCCGGAAAGCGAUACUUCAUCACGUUGUUCGUUCGUGAUUCACUUCAUGGAAGUACGUCCUCAUAUGAGACGCUUGAGGUGAAUCUACGAAAAAAUCCCGAGAAAAAUCACAUGGAAGUGAAGAAAGAGGAGGGAAAAUUAUUACAUGAUGCUGUGCUGGAGACCGGUACGUUACCGGCGAAAAAGGCCGCCACUAUCGAUUAUCAGUUCGUGGUUUCCAGUAACGCGACGCAAAGUGGCAAAGUUCUACUCAUAGUUCAUGCUUGUGAUGGCUACGUCCGAAUGUCUGUGUAUAGAAAUGGGAAAUUGUUGAAGAGAAGCGAACCGUUUUCAGGAUUCAGGAGAUUUCUGGUAGUUAACGUACGUUCCGGUCAACUUCGAUUCCAAAUAGCCAACGAUGAUCCAAGGACGAAAAGUGUGCAUUUAUGGGCUAGCACUCAAGCGGAAAAGUCACCAUAUCCGAAAUUACCCGAGGAUACAAGCGUGAAAGUAGUACGACGCUCGUGCUCCACAGCAACACUGCAGUGGUUGCGUUCAGCUGACGAGCAUGCCGAAUACUGCAUCUAUAUGCGACGUGAGAACGCCAACUACUUGGAGGAACUUGUGAGCAAGGUGAACAACCUUUGUGAAGGAGGACUCGAGUCGUCGAAUCUUGUCGGUUGCUAUUCGCAUCGUGGUCCUACUUUGGAAGCGUUGCUUAGAGAUGAUUCCGUGGGUCUCAUUGAGACCACGGUAGUCGGCCUGGAGCCUGCGAAAACGUAUCGAUUCGAUCUGCUAGCCACGCCACUUCAACGUCUUCACGCGCAAUCGCUACCAUACCGAACGGUAUGGGUUCGAACAGGCAAUUCGUGCUAG